AUGUGGGCAAGCGCGUCCUUCGUGGGCGUGCUCAUCGUGAUCGGGCUCCCGCUGUGGUGGAAGACCACGGAGGUGUACAGGGUAGCGCUUCCCUACGACGAGAUCGCGGCCUUCGACUCCCAAUCGCACACGAUCACCACACAACUAACGGAUUCCGAUGUUCUCAAUAUCAACAUAACCAAGCGCGUACUGACGGACGAGCUGCGAACGACCCUCGGGUCAGUGGCAGACGAGACGGAGGCGGUGGGGGUGGUCGGUGCCAGCUUCGACCUCGAGGAGCACAAUAAGCUACUCCUGGUGCAGCGUGGGCCGCUCCCCCAGGAUGUGUGGGUGGGACGCGAAAGGGUGGUGUUCUUCAGGGAUGCCAAGGCCGCGGACACCGUCGCGAAGGUCCUCAAGCAGUGGAUAUACGUGCCCUCGGUGCUCAUCGGCGCUCGCGCCCAGUCGGGCGACUCGACGCGCCGCGUUCGAUUCCCGCCGGGGCGCGGCUACCACGUGGCGCUGUCCGUGGUGCACCCCCGCCCCCAGGACCUGAAGCUGGAGUUCGACGCCGAGGCGGCGGUCGAAGAUUACAUUGGCUCGUUCGUGGACGAAUUGCACGAGCUACACAAUUUCACCUUGAAAUCCCAAUGGCUUUAUUUGCUGAAUUUCGACUUCAAAGCUAAGGAGAUCAGGAACGACAAGUCCAGACACUUCGCCGUCAGGGAGGACAGGCUGCACCUGCUGCUGACGAGCUUGGAGACGAGGACUGCUACUCAGGUAUCCGAGCUGCCCACAGUUAACCUGGCUCUUUACGUGGUGCCGUGCUCACAGGCGCCGCUUGUCAUUUACGACACACAGGACAAGCCGGCGUUCGACGGCGUGCAGGCGUUCAUGUCGCCCCGAUGGGGCGGCGUGGUGCUGGCCAGCCCCGGGGCUGAGGAGUGCUCGGGCCGCCAGCCGGCGUGGGCCCCGCCCCUCGCCCCGGCCAUGGGCGCGUUCCUCGCCCAGCUGCGGGCGCUGCUCGGCAUCACGGACAAGCCGAAUGUAAAAGGCGCCUACCUAGAGCCACUCAAGUCUGUGAUCCCUCGCCGGUGGGAAGUAGACGGGCUACUGAGGAUCAGGACCUUGGAACAGAUCACCUCUGCCGAGAGGACAUUGCAGUCCUUAGCGCAGUUACUUGGUGAGAUCCCGAACAUCGUGAUAAACGACGAGGUGGGGGCCGGUGUUGCGUCCGCGGUGGCCGCCGCCAGAGGGGCGGGGGCGCUCGCCCGGGCGGGGCUCCUGCGAGGGGCGCACCGCACCUCGAGCGAGGCCUUCCUCGCCGCCGAGACGGCCUUCACGGACCCCAGCCUGCUGGCCUUGCUCUACUUCCCCGACGACCAGAAGUACGCCAUCUACAUCCCGCUGUUCCUGCCGAUAAUGUUCCCGGUGGUGCUGUCGCUGAAGAACCUGGUGCUCUGGCUGCGCGGGAAGCCGCCCAAGGUCAAGGUGGAC